AUGAACUCAGUAUCCACUAACACUUCAUUUACAGAUGUUAGAAUAGUGAAAAUAUACUUAAAGAUUCAUUACAUAACAAAAUUUGGAUAAGCAAUUUAUUUAUGCGGUGAUGAUGAAUCUUUAGGAAUGUGGGAUCCUAGUAAAGCACUUCGUUUGUAAUGGAAUUAGGUAUAUAAAUAUGAAAAGAAAAGAAUAACGAAUGGACAAUUUGUAUAAAGCUAGCUCGAGUUGGUCGAAAAUUUGAGUACAAAUUCUUAGUGAAUGAUUAUAAUGAGCCUUCGAUUCAGAAAGCUUUUUGGGAACCUGGUGAAAAUCGUAUUAUAACAAAGCAUUUGCUUCUUAAUGGCAAGAAGAGCGAGUAUUUCAAUCGUAAUACAGUUCUAAUGUUAUUCUAGAGGAAUUUUGGGGAUAUAGAACUAUAAAAUUAAAACUUAAUCACACUUUACAACCUAAAGAACGAAUGAUGAUAAUAGGAUCUAUUCCUGAGAUUGGUUCUUGGAAAUCACCUGUACUUAUGAAUUAGCAAUUGAAAAUUGAUAUUUGUAAUAAAUCAAUAUAAUGUUUCUAGUAACACAAGAACCAAUACAAUAAUGGUCUAUAUCAUUUAUUGUAAAUCCUUUAAACUUUUUCUUUCGUUAUUAUUAUGUAAUUAGAAAUGAUGAAACUGGAAAUAUGAUAUGGGAACGUGGUAAUGGACGUUAUUUGAAAACUGCAGAUUUAUCUUCUAUUAGAUAAGUGUUAGAUUAAUAUGAUUUACAUCCUAUUAAAGUUAAGACAUAAAUAUACACAGCUUUUUAAGCAAGAUAAAUUCAUAAAAAUGGAUCUUUCUCUUCUUCCAAAAUACCUAAAUCUAAAAUCUAAUAAAAUAAUUAAGGAUAUUCAUUUGCUGAUAAAGAACCUUCUUUUUUUUAUUAUGAAGAAUUUGGAAGAUUAAAUAAAUUAGAUUGGAAUUUUGUUGUAUAAUUCUAAACCUAUGAAAUAAACGAAAAUAUUAUAAUUGGACCUUAUCCAUAAAAUGAAUAGGAUAUUCUUUAUUUAAAAUAAAAAUAAGUCAGAGCUGUUCUUAAUCUCUAAACUCGUCUUGAUAUGUUUCAUAGAGGAGUUAAUUGGGAAUAAAUUGUAUAAGCAUAUAAAAGACAUAAUAUUGUAAUGAAAAAUUAUUAAAUUUUUGAUAUGGAUGCAGAAGAUUUUGAAAAAAAAUCUAGUAAGGCAGUUUAAAUACUUAAAAAAUUAAUUAAUGAAUAUGAAUAUGUCUAUGUACAUUGUACAGCAGGAAUAGGAAGAGCACCAUCUAUUGUCGUUUUAUAUUUAGCUUCAAUCCUUUAAUAUGAUUUAAAAGAAGCUAUAGAAUUUGUUAAAUAAAAAAGACAACAAUUUUAUAUUAAUUAUUGUAAUAUCUUUCAUAACAUUAUUAUUUAGCUAUGCUAAAAAGAUCAUUCCAAAAAACCCUUGUAUUUAAUCAUGGAUUAGGUUAUUAAGAUUUAACUUAAACACUUUGAGAUUGAAUAGAGC